AUGGCAACUCGCGCAGUCUUCCAUUCUGAUAAUAAUAGUUCUAAUGGUAUUUCUUCAAAGCAGAAGCGUUUUGCACAUAUAUUUCUCAGUACAUUCAGGCGCUUCAACCAUAACUGCAAGAAGAGACCAAGCAAGCAGCUGCCAACUCCUGGUCUUGUUGACAAAAGUGGGGAUUUAAAUUCAAACAAUUGUGAUGAGACCCUUCCUGUUUCAGCCUGUGAAGAUACCGAUGAAUCACAUUGUUUUGGAAGUAGUCAUGAACAAGGAGUGUCCCCUAUCUCAGUAACUGAUCUUGGAUCAGCUGUCAACCCAGGCUAUACGACUGCUAUAAGUGAAUGCAAUCUCAUCGAGGCUCGUAAAUCUCUGACUAAGAUAAGUACAGAUGUUGGAAAGCAAAUUACCGAUGCUACUUCAGUUGCUGAUCAUCGAUCAGUAACUUCAUCAUCCCAACCGUUUAAAAAGUUAAAUGGAAUAAAAAAGAAUAAAACGCAGCAACAAACCUGUCUACAAUUGCAGCCUCCGAGUCCAAAGGUUUCAACGGGUAUCUCUGAAACAAGUAAUCAGACAGUGAUCGAUCAUUCCAAAAUGAAUCUAUCGGGUUGUAAUAGAAGUGCUAUCAAGGAUUCACUGAUUGCAUGUAGUGUGAUGGUAAUGCCCAUAUCUAAUUCAGACUUGUCCCUGGUAGGAGGUCUUGUUAGCGCUGAGACAUCUCCUAAUCAUUCUGCGUGUCCAUUAGAUUCUACAAAAAACUCUCAGUUUCAGUCAUCAGCAUUUGAUUCUCAUAUUUCGCCCAGUGAUUCCUCUAGUAAAUGUGCGCCAAAAUCACAACUCGCCAUUCUGCCGCUUCAAACAGUGAAUAAUGUUCCGGAAACCUCUGAAUCGACUGAAGUUGAAGCAUGUACGAAUCAAAGUGAUUGUAACAGUUUGGAUGAUUGUGAAGUGGACGACGUUUGCGCCUCAGACCCACUUAAGAUUGCUACUACUACUACUGGAUCGCCAACAUUAUCGAUUCCCAACUCUGCUCAACUAUUAACACCAUUCGCAUCAUCACCAAUUCACAGCAAUGAUUUUAAAUUUGGUGAACUUAAUUCCAGCUGCAAUCAAGCAUCUAAAACCUCACAUUUACCUAAUCGUGCCUAUCCAUUUGAUAGCGAUGAAGAAGAUGUGUAUAACAAAUCUUCACCGAACCAAACACUUACUUCGCUUAUCAAAGCUCGUCAAGCACAUAAAGAUAUGUGGGUACGACGAGCUGAUCGCAUCAAUAGAUUCUUAGCCUGCAGACCUUGCCGUGAUGAUUUAAUUUCCAAAAAUAUAAUUCCCAGUACCACUCCAGAAGCACGUGCUGAACUUCGAAUCGAUAUUGAAACGUCACUUGAACGUCGUCUCAACCAACGGCCUACAACAGAUGAACUUAAGCAGAAAAAUAUCCUUCAUGUGGAUACCGAAGAAGUGCGAAAAAAGAUUAAAGAAGAACGAAAGCAGAUUUUGACUCGCAAGUUAUCAUUUCGACCAACUGUUGAAGAGCUUCGUCGGCUCAGUGAAGCAGAUGCCUAUGAUCGUCGAGCAGACAAACCGUGGACUCGUUUGACUUUGCGUGAUAAAGCUGACAUAAGGAAAGAACUGAAUGAAUUUAAAGCAACUGAAAUGGAUGUUCAUGCUGAAAGCCGCCAUUACACCCGUUACCAUAGACCAUGA